AUUUUAUGAUUGGUAUUCCGAUGAAGUACAAGAUAUUGCUACUAUAUGUGCAAGAAGAUUUAAGAUCAUUUGUUAAAAUAUUGUAUUUAUUUUAGACACAACAGCAUUUCUGCUGCUCUGGAGUGAAACACACAAGCUUGCGCAUUCGCAUUCUCCCACACAGAUGGGCUCAGGAUGCUUAGUCCACUGACCUCCAAUCUGUGUAUUUUUUUAAGCUUGAUGCUGGCCCGAGUCCCGGGUAUGUGAGAGAAUCACUGGACUAGAAUAAAGACCCUGAAUAGACAAAGCCUCGCUUCUCCUAACCCGCCUUCCCGGGAGCUCCCAUUUUCCCAAGUCCUUCCAAACUCCCACCGCAAACCGCAGCUCUCUGCCAGCUCCAGGUCCACAUCUACAGUACAUCGGCACUCAUUCCUGUCAUGAAUUCCAUGUGGACAUAUUUGCUUAUGUUCAAUCUUUUGCUUUUAUUAACAAUGUCAUUGAAAGUGGAUUCAAACUAUCACAUAGGUCCUGGAGACAGUGAUGAUGCUGACUACAAGGACCCCUGCAAAGCUGCUGCUUUUCUGGGCGACAUAGCAUUAGAUGAGGAGGACCUGCGCUUGCUUAAAGCCAACUAUAUGGAUGCUAAGAAUGACUCUUCUAACUUCUCUAUACCUGAUUCAGCAAACAGAUCCUCAGGUAAUGGAAAAGACAAUGCAAAGGACAAGCCAAUUUUGGCUGGUCAAAGACUCCUACGCAGACGGAGAGCAGCCACAGCCAGAACUGAGAGAGUUUGGCCAGAUGGCAUAAUACCCUAUGUUAUCAGUAGCAACUUCAGUGGUAGCCAGCGAGCCAUUUUCAAGCAGGCCAUGCGUCACUGGGAGAAACACACUUGUGUGACAUUCAUCGAAAGAAGCACAGAAGAGAGCUACAUCGUCUUUACUCUGCGGCCAUGUGGGUGCUGCUCAUUUGUCGGGCAGAGAGGUGGAGGUCCACAGGCUAUAUCUAUUGGGAAGAACUGUGACAAGUUUGGCAUCGUGGUGCAUGAACUCGGGCAUGUCAUUGGAUUCUGGCACGAGCACACACGACCCGACCGGGACGAGCAUGUUGAUAUAUUUAGAGAAAACAUCCAGCCAGGUCAGGAGUAUAAUUUCAUAAAGAUGGAGCCAGAUGAUGUGGAUUCGCUUGGAGAGGUUUACGACUUCGACAGUAUCAUGCAUUAUGCCAGAAACACCUUUUCCAGGGGCAUCUAUCUUGAUACCAUGCUGCCAAAGUAUGAAGUUGAUAGAGUCCGACCUCCCAUCGGGCAGCGGACGAGACUAAGCAAAGGGGACAUCGCUCAAGCUAGGAAAUUAUAUAAGUGUCCAAGAUGUGGCGAGAGUCUUCAGGACAGCACUGGAAACUUCUCCUCCCCUGGGUUCCCUAAUGGAUAUGCUACAUAUCUUCACUGUAUAUGGAGAAUAUCUGUCACGCCUGGGGAGAAGAUCGUUCUUAAUUUUACUUCAAUGGAUCUGUACAGAAGUCACUUGUGCUGGUACGACCAUGUGGAGAUUCGUGAUGGAUACUGGAGAAAUGCACCUUUGAAAGGCCGUUUUUGUGGAGACCAGCUCCCCGAGGCCAUCGUGUCCACUGACAGUCGACUGUGGAUUGAAUUCAGCAGCAGCAGCAGUAAUUGGGUGGGGAAAGGCUUCUCUGCUGUCUAUGAAGCUAUUUGUGGAGGUGAAGUGAAACGAGAUAGUGGACAGAUCGAGUCACCCAAUUACCCUGAUGAUUAUCGACCUAAUAAAGUGUGCACAUGGAAGAUCAUCGUACCCCAGGGGUUUCAUGUGGGUCUCGUCUUCCAGUCGUUUGAGAUUGAGAAACAUGACAACUGUGCAUAUGACUACCUGGAACUGCGAGAUGGCGAUUCCGAGAACAGCCCUCUACUGGGCUGCUUCUGUGGCUACGAAAAGCCAGACGAUAUCAAGAGCAGCUCCAACCAGCUGUGGAUGAAGUUUGUAUCUGACAGUUCUGUGAACAAAGCUGGGUUUGCAGCUAAUUUCUUCAAAGAGAUUGACGAAUGCUCCAGGCCUGAUAAUGGUCACUGUGAGCAGCGCUGCGUCAACACCCUGGGCAGCUACCACUGCGGCUGCGACCCUGGAUACGAGCUCAACCCGGACCGCCGCAGCUGUGCAGCAGCUGCCUGUGGUGGAUUCAUCUCCAAACUCAAUGGGUCCUUCACUAGUCCAGGAUGGCCGCAGGAAUACCCACCUAACAAGAACUGUGUGUGGCAGCUCAUUGCCCCAGUGCAGUACCGCAUCACUCUUCUUUUUGAUGCUUUUGAGAUCGAAGGGAACGAUGUUUGUAAAUAUGAUUACCUUGAGGUACACAGCAGCCUCUCAACAGAUGCAAAGCUUCAUGGGAAAUUCUGUGGCACAGAGAAACCAGAGGCGAUCACAUCCCAACUCAACAGUAUGCGCGUUGAGUUCAAAUCAGACAACACCGUGUCCAAGAGAGGCUUCAAAGCUCAGUUCUUUUCUGACAUGGAUGAGUGUUCUAGGGAGAAUGGAGGGUGCCAGCAUGAGUGUGUGAACACGUUUGGGAGCUACAGCUGUCAGUGUCGUGGCGGCUUUGUGUUGCAUAGCAAUAAACAUGACUGCAAAGAAGUGGGCUGUGAUCAGGUCAUUACCAGUGUUUCCGGUAUCAUCACAAGUCCAAACUGGCCAGAUAAAUACCCCAGCAAGAAGGCCUGCACAUGGAACCUAUCCACCACCCCAGGUCACCGCAUUAAACUGGCUUUUGAGGAGAUUGACAUGGAGGCUAAUGAAGAGUGUGCAUAUGACCACUUGGAGAUAUAUGAUGGGCCAAAUGGCAGAGCAACCAGUUUUGGUCGCUUUUGUGGGAGUAAAAAGCUAUCGCCUGUCAUUUCCAGUGGCAAUAGCAUGUUCCUGCGGUUCUUCUCGGAUAACUCAGUACAGAAGAGGGGUUUUAAGGCCUCUCAUUCAGCAGAGUGUGGUGGUAGUCUGAAGGCAGAGACCAAGACCAAGGAUCUGUAUUCCCAUGCACAGUUUGGUGACAACAACUAUCCCGGAGCUUCAGACUGCCAGUGGGUGAUCUCAGCGGAGAAGGGCUAUGGGGUGGAGCUCAUCUUCCACAUCUUUGAGACUGAGGAGGAAGCUGACUGCGGCUAUGAUUAUGUGGAGCUGUUUGAUGGUGCUGAUGUCAAAGCACCCAGGCUGGGACGUUACUGUGGGUCUGGGCCGCCAGAGGAGAUCUACUCAGCUGGUGAUGCCAUUGUCAUCCAAUUUCACUCAGAUGACACCAUCAACAAGAAAGGCUUCCAUGUUCGGUACACAAGCACCAAGUUCCAGGACACUUUGCACACUAGUAAGUGAGUUCAUCAUGACAGAAAUGCUCUGGAGAACAUAGCAGCCAGGGGUCUCUGAUACCUUCUGCACACCUGUGUUGGUGAUGC